ACCGGGAGGCCAGAGGCUGCCCGCGCCGCCUCCGUCCCUGCCAGGGUCUCCCCGGUCACCGCGGGUCUCCCGGGCGGUGGGCACUGGGCACUGCGCUCCCGCGGGUGCCUUGCACUCGGCUUCGCGCGCUGCAAGGAGAUCUGCCCAGACUCGGGAAGGGCCGGGGACAGCGAGGACGUUUCCCCGAGAUUUCCAGUUGGCAGUUUUUCAGGUUAAAGGAUGAAAAUGCUGCUCAUUUUGUUCCUUAUAAUAAUUUGUUCCCAUGUUUCUGUCAACCAACAUUCUGGCCCUGAGUAUGCUGAUGUGGUGUUUCUGGUGGACAGCUCCGACCACCUGGGAAUUAAGUCCUUCCCGUUUGUGAAGGCCUUCAUCAACAAGAUGAUCAGCAGCCUCCCCAUAGAGGCUGACAAGUACCACGUGGGCCUGGCCCAGUACAGCGAUGGGCUCCACAGAGAGUUCCUGCUCAGCACCUUCAAGAGCAGGGGCCCCAUGCUGAACCACCUCAAGAAGAACUUCGGGUUCCUGGGGGGCUCCCUGCAGGUUGGGAAGGCUCUCCAGGAGGUGCACAGGGCCUACUUCUCAAGCGGGAGGGACAGGAAACAGUUUCCCCCGAUCCUGGUGGUCCUGGCUUCCGGCGAGUCUGAAGAUGCUGUGGAAGAGGCCGCCGAAGCACUGCGCAAAGAUGGGGUGAGGAUCGUCUCCGUGGGGAUGCAGGGCGUGUCUGAGAAGACCCUGAAGGCCAUGGCCACGGGCCAGUUCCACUACAACCUCCGGACUGUCAGGGACCUCAGCACGUUCUCCCAAAACAUGACGCAGAUUCUCAAGGAUGCAGCUCAGUACAAGGACGGGGCAGUCAAUGACGUCCUUGUGGAAGUUUGCCAAGGCCCUUCUGUGGCUGACGUUGUGUUCCUGUUGGAUAUGUCCACCAACAGCAGCUGGGAGGACUUUGACUAUCUUAAAGAAUUCCUGGAAGAAAGCAUAUCUGCUCUGGACAUCAAGGAGUACUGCAUGAGGGUUGGCCUCGUGGCCUACAGCAACGAGACAAAGGUGAUUAGCACGCUGAGCAGGGGCGUAAACAAGUCGGAGGUUCUGCAGGACAUCCAGAGCCUUGCUCCCCAGGCUGGAAAGGCCUACACUGGAGCCGCCUUGAGGAAGAUCAGGAAGGAAGUCUUCAGCGCACAGCACGGCAGUCGGAAGAACCAGGGGGUGCCGCAGAUCGCCGUGCUCGUGACCCACAGCCCAUCCCAGGACAACGUGACCAAGGCCGCCGUGAACCUCCGGCGCCAGGGGGUGACCAUCUUCACCAUCGGCGUAGAGGGGGCCAGCAACACCCAGCUGGAGAAGAUCGCGUCUCACCCCGCUGAGCAGUACGUGUCCCAGCUGAGGUCCUUCUCUGACCUGGCUGCCCACAACCAGACGUUUCUGAAGAAGCUGCGGAAUCAGAUCACACACACGGUCUCUGUCAUUUCCGAAAGGACCGAAACCCUCAAAGCCGGUUGUGUGGACACGGAGGAAGCAGACAUCUACCUGCUCAUUGAUGGCUCCGGGAGCACCCAGGCCACAGACUUCCAGGAGAUGAAGACCUUCCUGUCAGAGGUCGCAGGGAUGUUCAACAUCGCUCCCCAGAAGGUGCGGGUUGGGGCUGUCCAGUACGCCGACCGCUGGGACUUGGAAUUUGAGAUCAGUAAAUACACGAACAAGCAUGACGUCGGAAAGGCCAUCGAGAACAUCAGGCAGAUGGGCGGGAACAGGAACACGGGCGCCGCCUUGAACUUCACUCUGGGGCUGCUGCAGAAGGCAAAGCAGCAGCGGGGAGGCAGAGUGCCCUGCCACCUCGUUGUGCUGACCAACGGUGCGUCCAGGGACAGCGUCUUGGGGCCUGCAAAUAGACUGAGCGAGGAGCUCGUCCACGUCUAUGCCAUUGGGGUCAGGGAGGCUAACCAGACUCAGCUGCGUGAAAUUGCUGGCGAGGAGAAACGGGUCUACUACGUGCAUGACUUUGAUGCCUUGAAAGACAUAAGAAACCAGGUUGUUCAAGAGAUCUGUGCUGAAGAAGCCUGCAAAGAGAUGAAGGCCGACAUCAUGUUCCUGGUGGACAGUUCUGGCAGUAUAGGACUAGAGAACUUCAUCAAAAUGAAAACAUUUAUGAAGAACCUGGUGAGCAAAUCUCAGAUCAGGGCAGAUCGAGUGCAAAUCGGUGUGGUCCAGUUCAGCGGCACCAAUAAGGAAGAGUUUCAGCUCAACAGAUACACAUCCCAGGAGGAAAUUUCAGAUGCAAUAGACCGAAUGGCUCACAUUGGAGAAACCACCUUGACGGGUAGCGCCCUGACCUUUGUGUCUCAGUACUUCAGCCCUGCCAAGGGAGCCCGGCCCAACGUCAGGAAAUUCCUCAUCCUCAUCACGGAUGGUGAGGCUCAGGACAUAGUCAAGGACCCAGCAGUGGCACUUCGGGAAGAAGGCAUCAUUAUCUACUCUGUAGGGGUGUUUGGCUCCAACGUCACCCAGCUGGAGGAGAUCAGCGGGAGGCCAGAGAUGGUUUUUUAUGUUGAGAAUUUUGACAUUCUGAAGCACAUUGAGGAUGACCUUUUGUUUGGAAUAUGCAGCCCCCGUGAAGAAUGCAAGCGCAUUGAAGUUUUAGACGUCGUGUUUGUCAUCGACAGCUCUGGCAGCAUUGACCAUGAUGAAUACAGUAUCAUGAAGGACUUUAUGAUCGACUUGGUGAAAAAAGCUGAUGUGGGCAAGAAUCACGUCCGGUUUGGGGCUCUGAAGUACGCGGAUGACCCGGAGGUGCUAUUUUAUCUGGAUAACCUUGACACCAAAUGGGAGGUGAUCUCGGUGCUCCAGAAUGACCAGCCCAUGGGGGGCAACACUUACACCGCUGAGGCCCUGGGCUUCUCAGACCACAUGUUCACCGAAGCCCGGGGCAGCCGUCUGCACAAAGGGGUCCCGCAGGUCCUCAUCGUGAUCACCGAUGGGGAAUCCCACGAUGCCGAUAAGCUCAACGCUACAGCCAAGGCCUUGCGGGACAAGGGCGUCCUUGUCCUGGCCGUGGGCAUCGCCGGUGCCAACCCUGUGGAGCUGCUGGCCAUGGCAGGAUCGAGUGACAAGUACUUCUUCGUGGAAACUUUUGGAGGUCUGAAGGGGAUUUUUUCAGAUGUGUCUGCCAGCGUAUGUAACUCUUCAAAAGUAGACUGUGAAAUUGAAAAAGUCGAUCUCGUGUUCCUCAUGGAUGGUUCAAAUAGCAUUCAUCCAGAUGACUUCAGGAAGAUGAAGGAAUUCUUGGCAUCUGUCAUUCAAGACUUUGAUAUCAGUAACAACAGAGUGCGUAUAGGAGCUGCCCAAUUCAGCCACACUUACCAGCCGGAGUUCCCCCUGGGAAUGUUCAUCAGCAAGAAGGAGAUCUCAUUUCAGAUUGAAAACAUCAAGCAGAUCUUUGGAUACACCCACAUCGGUGCCGCCCUCCGGCAGGUGGGGCACUACUUCCGGCCAGACAUGGGCAGCCGGAUCCACGCAGGUACCCCCCAGGUGCUGCUGGUCCUCACGGACGGCCAGUCCCAAGACGAGGUGGCUCGGGCCGCCGAAGAGCUGAGACACAAAGGCAUCGACAUUUACUCCGUGGGCAUUGGGGAUGUGGAUGACCAGCAGCUCGUUCAGAUCACCGGGACCGCCAACAAGAAGCUGACAGUUCACAACUUUGACGAACUGAAGAAGGUCAAGAAGAGGAUUGUUCGUAACAUCUGUUCCCCCCGGGGCGACAGCAAUUGCUUUGUGGACGUUGUGGUGGGAUUUGACAUCUCAACUCAGCAGAAUGGGCAGACUUUGCUUGAAGGCCAGUCCUGGAUGGAAACCUAUCUUCAAGACAUCUUACGUGUCAUCAGCUCCCUCAAUGGGGUAAGCUGUGAGGUGGGCACAGAGACUCAGGUUAGUGUGGCUUUUCAAGUGACCAAUGCUGCAGAAAAAUAUUCCCCCAAGUUUGAGAUCUACAGUGAAAACAUCCUGAACAGCUUAAAGGAUUUAACAGUUAAAGGACCAUCUCUUCUCAAUGCAAACCACUUGAGUUCUCUGUGGGAUGCAUUUCAGAAUAAGUCGGCUGCUCGGGGAAAGGUGGCCCUCUUAUUUUCAGAUGGAUUGGAUGAUGAUGUUGAAAAACUUGAACGAAAAUCUGAUGAACUUAGAAAAGAAGGCCUGAAUGCCCUCAUCACUGUUGCUCUGGAUGGACCCACCAGUUCCAGCGACCUGGCUGAUCUUCUGUACAUUGAAUUUGGGAAAGGAUUUGAGUACAGGACGCAGCUCACUCUUGGGACGAGGGAUCUUGGGAGCCAAUUGUCAAAGUACCUGGUCAAUGUUGCGGAAAGGACGUGCUGCUGUUUAUUCUGCAAGUGCAUUGGAGGAGAUGGCACAAGGGGAGACCCUGGACCAGCAGGGAAAACGGGACUUCCAGGUUUUAAAGGCAGUGAAGGCUACCUGGGAGAGGAGGGCACUGCUGGAGAAAGAGGAGCCAGUGGACCUGUGGGAGAACAAGGUACUAAAGGAUGCUAUGGUACCAAGGGCCCUAAGGGAAACAGGGGACUAAAUGGACAGGAGGGAGAAGCUGGGGAAAGUGGAAUUGAUGGCUUAAAUGGAGAACAGGGUGACAGUGGUCUUCCUGGAACAAAAGGAGAGAAAGGCAAUGAAGGAGCCCAGGGAAUCCCGGGAGAGAGAGGAAUUUCUGGGGACCAUGGAGCAAAGGGCUUGCGUGGAGACCCAGGAGUUCCUGGAUUUGACAAUAGCAUAGAGGGACCCAAGGGCUUGAAAGGAGAACUUGGAAGACAGGGGAGAAGAGGCCAGCCAGGGCCCCCUGGAACUCCCGGCUCCAGAAGGAAGACAGCAGCUCAUGGCCAGAGGGGACAUACAGGCCCACAGGGGAAACCAGGCAUCCCAGGUCCAGAUGGACUUGCAGGGUCACUGGGACUUAAGGGCCCUCAGGGUCCAAGAGGAGAAGCUGGUGUGAAAGGAGAAAAAGGAAAUCUGGGAAGUAAAGGUCCCCAGGGGCUUCCAGGACCAGCAGGAGAGGCAGGGAGUCAAGGCCGUUUGGGAAGCCAAGGAAAUAAAGGAGAACCUGGCGAUCUGGGGAUAAAGGGAGCCAUUGGCCUUCGGGGUCCUCGAGGCUUGCCGGGUGAUGAUGGCAACCCAGGUUAUGGGAGUGUUGGAAGUAGAGGAGCAAAGGGGCAAGAAGGAUUCCCUGGAGAAAUCGGACCUAAGGGUGAGGUCGGGGACCCUGGUGGCCCAGGACAAAAUGGACCCAAGGGCGCUAGAGGCAAGACGGUAUCUGCUGGGCUUCCCGGAGAACCAGGAUCCCCUGGGGAGCUGGGACCUCCUGGACGCAAGGGUGUGAAAGGGGCCAAAGGAUUGGCUUCGUUUUCUACAUGUGAGCUCAUCCAGUAUGUGCGGGACCAUAGUCCUGGCAGACAGGGAGCGCCUCAGUGCCCCGUGUACCCCACGGAGCUGGUGUUCGUGCUGGACCAGUCCCGGAGCGUCACAGAGCCCGAGUUUGUGCGGAUGAAGGCGAUGCUGUCCUCCCUGCUGAGCGGCCUCCGGGUCCGGGAGGACCACUGCCCGGCAGGCGCGCGCGUGGCCGUGCUGGCCUAUGACUCCCACGCCAGGCUCCUCAUCCGCUUCUCCGACACGUACAGGAAGGACCGACUCCUCCGAGAGAUCGAGGCCCUCCCUUACGAGCGCUCCACGGCCAGCAGGGACAUCGGCAAGGCCAUGAGGUUUGUCUCCAGGCAUGUCUUCAAGCGGAUGCUCCCAGGGUCUCACGCCAGAAGAAUCGCCACCUUCUUCAGUGGCGGCCCGUCCGUGGACCCCCAGACCAUCACCACUGCUGGCCUGGAGUUCAGCGCCCUGGACAUCAUCCCGGUGGUCAUCGCCUUCAAUCAGGUGCCUGCCGUCCGGCGAUCAUUUGCGAUUGACGACACAGGCAGAUUCCAAGUCAUCAUCAUCCCAUCCGGAGCUGACUCUGCACCAGCACUCGAGGGACUCCAGCGGUGUACUUUCUGCUACGAUGUAUGCAAGCCGGACGCUUCUUGCGAUCAAGCCAGACCACCCCCUGUGCAAUCUUACGUGGAUGCUGCUUUCCUUCUGGACGGCUCCCGGCAUGUGGGAAGCGCAGAAUUUGAAGACAUACAAGGAUUCUUGGGGGCACUGUUAGAUCACUUCGAAAUCACCCCAGAGCCCGAGACCUCUGUCACCGGAGACCGGGUGGCCCUAUUAAGCCUCAGUCCCCCUCACUUCCUACCCAACACUCAGAGGAGCCCUGUUAGAAGCGAAUUCAACCUGACCACCUACAAGAGCAAACGCCUCAUGAAGAGACACGUGGAAGAAUCUGUUCAGCAGCCAAAUGGAGAUGCUUUUAUUGGUCACGCCCUCCAGUGGACUCUGGACAAUGUCUUCUCAAGGACACCCAAUCUGAGAAGGAAUAAAGUCAUUUUUGUGGUAUCUGCUGGGGAAACCAGUCACUUGGACAGGGAAACCUUAAAGAAAGAAUCCUUGAGGGCCAAGUGUCAAGGUUAUACCCUGUUCGUGUUUUCCCUUGGGCCUUCUUGGAAUGACCAGGAACUGGAAGAUCUAGCCAGCUACCCUUUGGAUCACCACUUGGUCCAGCUUGGCCGCAUUCAUAAGCCUGACCACAGAUACGCUGUGAAGUUUGUGAAGGCUUUUAUAAGCUCAGUCAGGCGUGCAAUCAACAAAUAUCCACCAAUAAAUAUCAAAGCAAAGUGCAACAGACUCAGCUCUACGGAGCCGCAGCAGCCCCCACUCCAGUUUGUGCGAAGCUUUGUUCCUGGGCCACACAGAGCUACCCUCAAAGAAGCUGCAUUGCAGAAGGUGAAGUUCUUUCAAUACAAAAAUUACUUUUCAAGAAUAGCAAGAGGCGGCAGAGAUGGUACUGUUCAAAAUUUUACCAGAAACAUACUCCAUGUCUUUGAAAAUGGAAAAAGGGUGAUAAAAGCAGCUCCCAAACAACAUGAUAAACGAAGCGCUCACAGAGUGUAACCUCAGGGAGCAUGGUCAGACUCUCGGCUCAGACAACUGCAUUCACAGUCACGUCGUCGGGCAACUUUCCUUGCACUUCUCCCUGCAUCCGAGGCCCAGUCUGAACAUGCCACAGGUGCUGGGUCACCGUGCAGCUUGACCCCUUCACUCAUUGGUAGUUAAGAUAUAUCUUGUGCAUUUAUUUGACCAUUCCUGAUAAUUCUAGCACUCAGAGCCUGGUAUGUUCAAGAACUGUUAUCAUCAAGACAGAAGAAUAAGAGGAGUGUUGUGAGGUCUCAUGGAUAUACGAUUUGAAGAUAAAUGUUACAUCACGUAUACAUGUGUGGACAUGGGCCAGUGCUCAUGCUUUUGAAACUGCAGGUCUGAGUCUAGUCCACCUUCUACAGGCUGAGCCCUUGCUUCUCAGCUUAGGACCAGUUCUCAUCUAUUUAGCCAAAGGUUCAUGUUUUGGAAGAUCUCAGCAUCAACCCUAGAAAGCAAUGCUAUUUGUAUGCCUAACUUUGAAAAUCUGACCUUCCACACAAUUCCGUUUCCACCCUCCUCUGUCUGCCGGGACUGACUGGACCUCCGACGGGCUUGUGCUGGAAGACUUCCUCCACCCUGUGUAUUGUUGGCUUGGACAGAAACAGAGGUGAACUUUCCCAGCUCCCAAUCCUGUUUACGCUCGCUGAAAAUCAACUCAUAUUUGCUCAGAACAUAAGCAGUAUUUUGAUAGUACUUUUCUUCUUUGCCAUUACUGUCAUCAGUAUUAUUUUUGUAACUAACCUGUGUAUGCUCAGGCAAGAACAGUAAAGACCCAGCACAUCGUGGGUGAAGCUCUGUGUUGCCGGCCAGGUAGCUCCUCUGUUAAUCGUGAGCAGCACCAAAGAGGACAGGCAGAGAUCUAAACAGGGCUUAAGUGCACACUGAGUUUGGAAAAGACAAAGGUGUCCUUGUCCUCAUCUACAAAUUCUUAUGGGGGGGGGGGGGGGCAGGGAAACGCAAAAAGAGAUCAUUGUGAGUGACAGCAGGCAAGGUCUUCAAAGUGUAUCUCUGGUGGCUCUUUCUUCUCACUCCCAUCCAGAGCACAUACCGAAGUUUUAAUCAACUAAAUAAACACUGAAGGAACAGUACUCAAUUUAGACAUAAAGCCAAGUUCUCAGAGCUUGCUCCACAGCCGGUCACAGGAGCCUGGCCACGUAGACAGCCGUGGUCUCUGGGGAGGGGAGCGCCCUGCAGGGGUGGGUGAAGCACACGGCUACGGACACCAAGACCGGCAGGGAUCCCCUCUCCUCCCUACGCCUCUGCUCACAGAACCUGGGGAAGAGCCAUCUGCAGUGUUUGCUCCAGAUCACGCCUGCCAUCCUUCCCCAGACAACUCCAUAGAAACGGCUCCCAAUGUCUCCAAAGAGCAAGGAGUUGAACCGCUGUACCCACACUCAGGUAACAGAGAAGAACACAGCACACUGGCCUUCUUUGUGUAUCCUAAACGGUGCUUAGGGGUUCAGGAAAAAUUCAAGUACUGGAAAUUGAUGAGCGAUAUGUAAGAGGUACUUGAAUAAAAGGGAUUUUCCUGGUUAGCUUUGGAUUAAGCAAAAAUUCUUCUUCUUGUUGUUUACUGUUGGAAAUACUAUUAAAAUAUUAUUUGUCUAGCCUCUCUGUAUUGGUUAAGUACACCAAACAAGUAUCCUGUUGGCGAUUUGAGAUUAUUUUAGCAUUUUGCAGCAUACUUUUAAUCAUCAGUAAGGAGUCUGAAAGCAUUAAUGUAAAUAUUAAGUUCCUUUAAAAAAUAUUAAUCCCUAAUAUUAGCAUUUUUCUGUGAUUUAUCUCUUAAAAGGGCAAGUACCACAAACUAUAAAUUAAAUAAAACCCUAUUUAAACCAAGAAUCACACAAAAUAAGCAGCGAUGCUCUUGAUAAAGAAAAUCAAAUUAACCAAUUAUAAAGGACAAUUUCUUCUAUUAUCUCUGCACUGAAUGUGAGUCAAAUGUGUUAAAAAACAAACCUAUGGACAUCCAAAAGAGAUGCAAACUUACUGUGGUAGCAGGCGGUAACACUCAGAAACGAUUCAACCAAAGGGCCUUUUUUAAAGCGGUGGAGGGUGGAGUGUUCUUUAAGUGGGGAGAGUAAGUGGGGGGAAGACCGGGAGAAACGGGUGGCGGCUCCAUCUGUCCCCUCGGGAUCUCCAAGUCUGUCCCUCUGUGGCUUAGCUAACGGCUCCAGGCUUGAGGCCCCUUUUCAGCCUAAGUUGAUGUCUCAAAAACUUCCCCCAACCUCUUCAGACUCUAAACCUGACUUAGUAGCUAGAAACUCUACCCAUGUGGUCUCAGCAGAGCUUAAGGGAAACAGGCUCCGCAACGUGGCAGUGCCCACGUGAAACCUGCAUGUUUUGGUGAUCCGCUGGCGCCCGGCCCAGUCCUGACCUGAUGGGGCUGCCUGACUGCAUCACUGUUCACGUGUCUAAACACCAAGCGCACUGAACCCCGUGCCCCGCCAACUGUCACGUACCGUACUAGGUUAGGUACGUGAUUACAGAAAGUGAAAUUUUUGGCAUACUUCUUAAACAAGUAUUUCCCCUGGACUCAGGUUAUCUGUUCAACUUCGUGGUUUUACAGACUCAUGCUAACUAAUUUCAAAUCAAAAUAUUUGUGAACACCAUAAACCCUUCGGCAAGUGGAUGGACAGUGAGACGUGGAUGGAGAAGUUCCGGUGCUAACAAUGAUCGAUGAAUUUGAAGGGUUCAUUUUAGCGGGGAAGACCAAAUUUUGGUCUCUUGAAAAUAUAAAUUUUGGCAUGUUUUUAACAGCUUAAUCUUUUUAUUUUUCUCUCUUUGUGCAUUUAAUAAAUAAUGCACACUGGAUAAAAGCAAGUUGAUGGGCCAAGUUUCAGAAUUUAUAGUAGAAACUAUAAAAAAACAGUCAUGAUGACCAAGAAGAGACACAUUUCUUUGAAGCUUACGCAGGAGAUCAAGUCUCCAGGGUUAAACAUCUAAGAAG